AUCAUCUACUUCAUGUCCGUCUUCACUUCCUCAUUCGGCUUCGCUUAAAAAGCUCCACCUAGAGAAAAUUCCUUCAAUAAGCUCAGAAAAUAUACUGCUAACAUUACAACGCCAGGGUCUAUUUAUUUAAAUAAGAUGGAAUUGUGUGUGCGAUAAAGGAGGUAAAGAAGAAGAACACCAGCGCAACGAAGAAGAAGAAGAAGAAGGGGCUGCGCGUCAAUCAUGGCCGCUCGUUGCUUUAAUAGAUUAUACCUUUUCUUUAUCAUAUGCCCCGUCUUUGUCGCGGCUUUUUUAAACUUAGAAGAACUGAACGAGAUGAAAUAUGGAAUUGAAAUUCUCCCCGAUCCAGUCAUGUUGGGGCAGACCAAGGCAGAGGAGGUUAUGAUGGUGUCCAGCAAGUACAAGCAAAUGUAUGAGUGUCGACUUCCGGCCCAGGCGAUCCGCUUCCACCAGGACCCAGCUUCGGAGCCGGAAACUCAAGGGUACACAGGACCGGACAUUCCUGAUUUACUCAGCCCAAUGCACGAUUCCGCCUGUCUAAUAAAGACAAAAGACUGGUGGACCUAUGAGUUCUGCCAUGGUCAACAUAUCAGACAGUACCACCUUGAAGACUCUGAAAUUAAAGGAGGCGUUCUUUUCCUUGGUUACUUUGAAUCUGACUUUGACUGGAACAAUGAAACAGCAAAGGCCUCCAAACAACACAGAUUGAAACGCUACCACAGUCAGACUUACAUCAAUGGCUCCAAGUGUGACAUCAAUGGGAAUCCCCGGGAGGCCGAAGUUCGGUUUGUGUGUGAAGACGGUUCGACCGACUACAUCGUCCGAGUGGACGAGCCCCAAUCGUGUCGCUACGUGCUGACCGUUCAUACAAGUCGCACCUGCCAGCAUCCCUUGCUGCGACCCCCUUCUACUGCCAAGCCUCAGGGGAUCGUGUGCCAGCCAGCACUGAGCGCUCAACAGUACAUGGACUACGUCAAAGCGCAAGUCUCGGACACAAAGCGUAAAGUGGAGAAAAUCUCAGAGGAGCUCAGGAAUCUUGAUGAGAUGUUGGCUGGUAAUGACGAGUCGGAGUCACCUGUGGAAGUAACUGCAGAAGAAACCUCACCAGUGGCAGGCUCUGAUGACCCAGACCAGUCGGAGACAAAAGCAGAUAUUGCUGACGUGUCUGAGGAUGCCAUAUCAGAAGAGGCGGAGGAUUCUACAUUUUGGGAGGGAGUAUCAAAACCAGAAAGUUCAGAAUCAAGCACUUCUCACCAGGUGAGCAAGGGGUCUGAUGACGACGUGAUCUCACAUACAGACAAUGAAGUCACAUACGAAGAGAAUGAAGCUGAAAAUUUCAAUUUCAAAAUCAUCACUGACCCUGCAGACCUGAUGAAAUUUGUCCAGCAUCUCAAGGAGAGUAACAGAAAGAAAGCGCAAAACCAAGCCAAAAGCCUAGCGGAGGAACUAGAAAGGGAAAGGGUGUCAGUGCAGCGCAGCAAAGAUGAGGGAGAAGACGAUGAAGAUGAGCAACUGCUUCAGGAGUUUGAGGAUGAGAUGUCAGACCUCUCAGUGCCGGCUGAUAAAACUGAUGAGAUAAAGGAGAAAAUGCAUAAGGAGUUUGACAACAUCAUUGAUGAGGCACAGCAGGAAUUUGAGACAGAAGGGCUGAAAGGCGAAUUUGAUCGCACUCAGGCGACGCAAGCACUGGGGACGACCCUCGAUAAGCUCCUUGACCAUCUGGAGGAGAAAGAUGAGCAGGACCCUACGGAGGAGAAAACGGCAUCAGCUCAAAGAACCAACGACCCGACCCGCGGCAGCCCCAGCUUGGCUCCAAAGCAGCCCGACCAAGAUGCUGAUGACCAUGUUAAGAUCAAAAUAACUAAGUAUAAGACAGGCAGCAGCCCCGAUGGCGAUUUCAAAGUACAGGAGUUGGGCAAAGGAGAUCCCCAGUGGCAGCACAUAAAGGACGUGGUUAAAGAACAGCUAGAGAAAGCAGGACUGAAGGCCGAAGGUAAAAUUGAGGUGAAGAUCUUGACACGAAAGAAUGCAGAGGAGGCAGGUGAUCAGUGGCUGACCGAAGAAGAUACAAAGUCCUUCCGAGAGCUUCUCAUAAACCUGCUGACUGGAGGAACAGAUGAAGUCUACAAGGAACAAAAACGUCUGCAGGAGUUGGAGAACAACUACAAGUUUGUGUGGGGCGAGGCCAAGGAGGAGUCCCAAUCCUCAGGCGCCUCUGACUCGGACGACGUGGAUUUAUGAGCCCCCACGGCGCGUUCAGCGUGGGCAAUGAGGACUCUCGACGUGCAGCCUCUAGCUGACGCAGUGAUUCAUUAAUUGCUAAUAAAGCCGGCAGGUAACAUGGCCUCACAUGUAUGCUACCUUCAGGAAUCAGGAAGCUUGUCUGGAGUAUCCAGUUCGGGUUUUUAGUGCGUACAUAAGAUGUAUUACUUGAACGAGUAAUGCAUUUUCCCAUAAUUUUGUGGACUCUUUUCCUAGAUGGCUGCAGAAAACAGGUGAUGUACGAUAUUUUUUUGAAAGAAACACUUCAGUGGAGGAAUGGCGCCUGCCACACUACACCCUUGCACUGGUCAGUCACCUUCUACAUGUGGUGGCGUCUGAAUGUUGAAAACACUUUAAAAAGCACUUUAGCAUUUUAGACAAAGAUAUACAGUAAGGUUGGAUCUGAAAGGUGCAUUCACAGGACACGUUUUGUCCCUCCAAUAGAAAGUUAUUUAAUUUUCAUUAAUUUAGUUGUUGGAAGUUACAAUGCCCUUGAAAAAAUAAUGUACCAAAAAUGCUCUUUUCAAGGUGUAUAUAAAGGGCUGAUUUUCUGUGAAUAAUAACAGCUCGAAUUGUAUAUACUGUAGUUUUUGUGUGUUUUUUUUUUCUAAUUUUGUUGAUUCGGUUGUCUUAGCGCAGAUGUGUAUCUGAGUGAAAUGUUGUAUGCAAGUCAGACUAUGCGAGUAGAUAAUACACCCUCCUUUAAAAAGAUCAGGGAAGAAGUGUCCGUGACCUGCUGUAGGUUUAAUCAAGUCUAUCUGAUGUGACCCGCAAUUGUCAAACCGUAAUUCCUUUGCGAUCAUAGCGGGAUAUAUUUUGGAGCAUAAGUGCCAUAACGUUUGAACUGCCUACGAUUUGACACAAAGCAGGCUGUGUAGUUUGGUAGCUUUCGUGGGCUUGUGUUGCUACAAACCCCUCUAAAAUAAAACCAAGGCCCAUGUUAAGCUUCGUCUGGUCUUGGAGUACUAUUUUAAAUAAAAGUACCAAUGUAGUUCUA